AUGAAGCAGCUGAAGAGCAAGGCGGAAAACAAGGUCGUCAAGCAGUUGCGAAUAACGCCGAGAAUUGGGACCAACGAUUUGCUUAUAAAGAUAAAUUCAGCGAAGCAGUUUCUGCUGAGAAGACACAGGGUAAAAUUCAUUUUGACGCUCAAGGGAAGGGAAUACACCAAUAUUGAAAAUGUAAAAAGAAUUUUCACAAAAAUUUCUGAAGAAUUAAAAAGUUACGGUAACUCGGAGACCAUGCGGCAGAACGGCAAUGUGGUGUCUCAGUUGUUUAAUUUGAAGGCCAAGAGGAAGAAUGAUAGCUCACUCGGGGGGAUAGGAGGAGAAGGAAUUAAAUAG